CCCCGGGGAGGGCGGCGGCCCGAGCGGCCGCGAGGCGCAGGCGAGCCCGGGGAUGCGCGGCCUAGUGCAGGCUGGGCCCGGGCGUGGGGGAGGCGGGCGGGCGGACCCAGAUCCGGGGUAAUUUGCAUCGCCCUCCCCCCAGCCCGGGUGGGGAUUGGCCGCCGGCGGCGGGGGGUGGCGCGGGGCCAGGCUCACUGCCGCCUCCCGGCCCCUCGGAGGGAGCUAGCCCAGCCGCAGCCGCCGCCACCGCCGCCGCCGGGGCCGGGCCCCCUCGCCGCUGCCCCGGGAAGGAGGUCUCGGCGCGGAAGAUGGCCGGUGGCGUGGACGGCCCCAUCGGGAUCCCGUUCCCCGACCACAGCAGUGACAUCCUGAGCGGACUCAACGAGCAGCGGACGCAGGGCCUGCUGUGUGACGUGGUGAUCCUGGUAGAGGGCCGCGAGUUCCCCACGCACCGCUCGGUGCUAGCCGCCUGCAGUCAGUACUUCAAGAAGUUGUUCACAUCAGGCGCCGUGGUGGAUCAGCAGAACGUGUACGAGAUCGACUUCGUCAGCGCUGAGGCGCUCACGGCCCUCAUGGACUUCGCCUACACGGCCACACUCACUGUCAGCACGGCCAACGUGGGCGACAUCCUCAGUGCUGCCCGCCUGCUCGAGAUCCCCGCUGUGAGCCACGUGUGCGCUGACCUCCUCGACCGGCAGAUCCUGGCAGCCGACGCAGGCGCCGAUGCCGGGCAGCUGGACCUCGUAGAUCAAAUUGAUCAGCGAAACCUCCUUCGCGCCAAGGAGUACCUCGAGUUCUUCCAGACCAAUCCCAUGAACAGCCUGCCCGCCACUGCGGCUGCCUCCUUCCCAUGGUCUGCCUUUGGCGCAUCCGACGAUGACCUGGAUGCCACCAAGGAGGCUGUGGCGGCCGCCGUGGCCGCCGUGGCUGCUGGCGACUGCAAUGGCUUGGAUUUCUACGGGCCCGGCCCCCCGGCUGAGCGGCCCUCGGCCGGGGAUGGGGAUGAGGGCGACAGCAACCCAGGUCUGUGGCCAGAGAGGGAUGAGGACGCCCCGGCAGGGGGCCUCUUCCCAACCCCCGUGGUCCCGCCAUCCACCGCCACGCAGAACGGCCACUACGGCCGGGGCGGGGAGGAGGAGGCAGCCUCACUGUCGGAGGCAGCCCCGGAGCCAGGCGACUCUCCGGGUUUCCUGUCGGGCGCGGCUGAGGGCGAGGAUGCGGACGGGGCUGAUGCGGACGGGCUGGCGGCCAGCACGCUGCUGCAGCAGAUGAUGUCGUCGGUGGGCCGGGCGGGGGCGACCACAGCGGGGGACAGCGACGAGGAGUCACGGGCGGACGACAAAGGUGUUGUGGACUACUACCUGAAGUACUUCAGCGGCGCCCACGACGGGGACGUCUACCCGGCCUGGUCACAGAAGGUGGAGAAGAAGAUCCGGGCCAAGGCCUUCCAGAAGUGCCCCAUCUGCGAGAAGGUCAUCCAGGGUGCCGGCAAGCUGCCGCGCCACAUCCGGACCCACACGGGCGAGAAGCCCUACGAGUGUAACAUCUGCAAGGUCCGAUUCACCAGGCAGGACAAGCUUAAGGUGCACAUGAGGAAGCACACAGGCGAGAAGCCGUACCUGUGCCAGCAGUGCGGGGCGGCCUUUGCGCACAACUACGACCUGAAGAACCACAUGCGCGUGCACACCGGCCUGCGGCCUUACCAGUGUGACAGCUGCUGCAAGACGUUCGUGCGCUCCGACCAUCUGCACAGACACCUCAAGAAGGACGGCUGCAAUGGCGUGCCCUCCCGCCGUGGCCGCAAGCCCCGCGUGCGGGGCGGGGCGCUCGGGGGGCCCGACCCCGCUCCAGCCUCGGGGGCCCCCGCGCCCCCACCGCCUGGCGCCCCCGCCCCGCCCGGCUCGCCGGAAGAUGACACCGCCGCCGCCGCGCGGCGCAAUGGCCAGGAGAAGCACUUUAAGGACGAGGACGAGGAGGAGGACGAGGCCAGCCCCGAUGGCCUGGGCAGGUUGAAUGUAGCGAGCGCCGCAGGGGGAGGCGACGGGGGCUCCAGGGCCACCACCGCCGACGGCAGCUUCGCGGCCGGACUCGCUUGAAAAACCAAAAAAAAAAAAGGCAAAACAGAAACCCGAGAAAGAGAGAGAGAGCAAAUCACCCACCACCCCCCAAAAACACAAAAAAAGAAAAUAUCUAUAUACAGAUAUCUAUAUCUAUAUAUAUAUAUAUAUAUACAGAUAUAUAUAUAUGAAGCGUCACAGAAUCUAGGGUAGUGCUUUUCUCCGAUUUUUCUCCUUCAUGACCGUUCUCCCCCUCCACGGGGACCCUUGCCCCACCUGCACCCCACCCCCAGCCCCCAGCCCCGCUUCUCCCCCACCCCAUCGAUGGCUUUUGGGGCUUGGUUUGGGGUUUUUGUGGGACACAAGGAUUCUGAACUCCCUGGGCGACCCCCACCACCACCACCACCACCACUGCCACCGGGUUUGGGGUCUGGGGUCCCAUCUGAGGCCUGAUCAGGAUCCCAGAUCCCGGCAGGGGUGAGGGUGGUCUCGGGGGAAGCUGGGGACCCAGGUGGUCUUUUCUUUUCCUUCCCUCACUGGUUUCUAGAGUCUAUGAGACAAGACCUUAAAAAAUGAUUUCUGUCUGCUGUGAGCGGACGUUAAAAUGGCCCCAUCCCCACCCCCACCCUCCUUCCUCAGGGCACUUCCUAAGUGGGGGUCUCCCCCUCCAUCUCUCUGACUGCCUCCCUGCCUCCCAUUCCUGCCUGUGGGCCCCCAUUAUAUCCUGGCCACUGCAACAUAAAUCUGUUUUAUUUCCAGGCGUGGAGAAAGGGAAGAAGAUGGGGAAUAGGGGGAUGCCAGGGUGACUCCCCAGGGGCCCCCGCCGCCUUCUUUCACGGCACUUACAACCUGGUGGGACCCAGUGGGCUGGCACUGAGGGCGUCCCUGCCACCCCCGCCUUCAUCCCCUGACCCCGUGAGACGCUUGGAGAUUGUAAACUAUUUUUCUUCACCCACUCCCCUCCCCAGCCCUCUCCCAGUUUUUAAAAGCACUUUUUAUUAGAUUUUUUCCCCCCUCUUUUCCUCCUUAAAGACAAAAUUUAUAUAUAGAUAUAUAUAUAUAUAAAAUAUACUUUUCCUCAGAGGAGCGGACAAUAGCGAGGGGGUGAAGGAGCCAAGAGCAGGAACCCAGGGUCUCACAGUGUCAGGGAUGGGGGAGCUAGAGUGUCCAGAAGUUCCAGUGUCACAAAAAGCAAUAAAAACAAGAUUUUACAAAAACGAAAGAAAAAAAAAACACAACAACAAGACAACCAACCACAAAUAGGAGUCUUGGCACUUUGUAACAGAACGGGUACUACACUUUAUCUUAAUUUAAAAAAAAUGUUUACAAGUUGCAACCAACUUCUAUGAAAAGUCAAAAAGACAAAAAAAAAGCGAGCGAGCGAGAGAGAGAGCGAGCGAGAGAGAGAGCAAACAAAUUCCUAAAAGUCGAUUUAUUUUUGUACAAAAUAAUAAAAAGACAAACCCACCACAGACGUAGAAUCCACUUCUGUUCCCCAAGGUGAGCAAAGGGGGUCAGGAAGUCAUGGGCGAGCGAGGGCAAAGCCUUCUAAGGCAUUUGUGCUUUACCACAGGGGCUUGCCUUCAGGCAGGACUGUGGGGUUUUUGUGUUUCUGCCGUGUCCCCCCACCCCCACCCCACCAAACCUGCCCCCUCCCCCUUCUGUCCCUUUUUUGGGUUCUGAUUUUGAGAUGUCUCAUCAACUGCUAGCCAUACAGUGGCCACCAUUGUCCGCGGGGACCCUCCUUACCGACUCCCCAGCUCAGGGAUGGGCCCGAGAGAGGGCUGGCCUUCCAACCAGCCAGAGCAUUCCUGUCUCCCUGCCCUUGUCCUCCACACACAUACACACCCCCACCCUUGCUGUCCCCCAACCUCCAACAUGGCCGCCCUUCCUGUGGCCACCGGGGAGCUGCCAUCUUGGAUCCACAAUCCCCGUCGAGGUGGGCAGCAGGGGGCCCCACCUCCAGGGCCUUAGAUUCCCCCUGCACCCCUCUUUUUACUCAAAGGCACUGACUGUAAUUGGGGGCUGGCACCUGCCUCCCCCAGCCUCUGGCCCCCACCCCCCCAAAGGCCCGGUGUUGACCGAGCCACAGGCCACGGACUGGGGCCAGGGCUGGGGAGACCCUGUUGCCAGAGGCCAGGGCACCCUUCCCCCAACCCCUAACUCCCUGUCGCAUAUGCAGCCCUAGCGUGGGACCCUGUAAAUAGACACUCUGCUGAGCUGAGACCCUUCCUAGUCAAAGCCCGAGGUGCAGGGGCAUCCCUGCCCCCCCCCCACUUCCAGCCACUGGCCCAUCACCCCGCACCCCUCUGUUCUGUGACAAACCCCAACUUGUUCUUGUUUUUAAAGGGAAGCUUUUAAAGAAGGCAACUGUCAUUAUUGUUUCUACAGGAUAGUUUUUGUUUCCUCCUGCCCCCCCUACCCCCCGAGCCCAUCAGCCCCCCAAAUGUCUCAGGACACCCCCUCCUGAGGGGGGUGGCAGGGGAGCCCAGGGCCGGGUGGCCCCGUCCACACCCCAGUGUCCUGAGGCGAGCUCGAGUGCCCAGGCCAGGGACCCCCACCCCACCCCACCCCACCCCAGCUCCCAGAGAGGUUCCCUGAGGGGCUCAGCCCUCUCCUACACACCCCCUUGCAAUAAAACCAACUGAAAAAUCACAACUGUCGUCCUGGCCAGGGGGGUGACCUGACUUAGGGGAAUCCAGGCCUCUAGGACUACGGGGUGGGGAGGGGGGCCAAGGGCUGAACCCCCGCCGAGCACACUUUAACACAAACCUCCUUGGGAAUUGCACUAGAUCCUUGCCCCCAGCUCUGCGCUCAGCUUCCGCCAGCCCUGCCCACCCACUCCGCCUUAACCCCCCUCUUGCCGCCCGCCCGCUAGCCUGUCUCGGGGGGCCACAGCAUCUGCAUGGGCCCAAAGCCGGGACCACCCCCCAACCCUCCCAGCUCAGCCCCCCAACCCCAACUCCGCGCAAUCACAUACUGUAUAUAGACGUGGAUCAAUUUUAUUUUUAUUCUUUAAAUUAAGGUCGUGAUAAAGUGUUGCCAAAGAUAACUGCUGAAUUCUCGCGUUUCAGGAAACAAACAAACAAAAAACUAUUUGAGGGGGAACGUGCUGACUGUUCAGAAAGGACAGAGCAAAAAGUUUUUUUGUUUGGUUGUUUUUUUUUUUGUGGUUUCUUUUUUUGGGGUGUUUUUUUUUUAAAACUGCCUGGUACAAAAAAAAAAAAAGAAAAAAAGAAAAACAGCGAAAUUGUUAUUUCCAUCAUCUUGGUGAAGCUGAGUGGAUGUGUGUGUGUGCGUGUGUGUGUGAGAGUGAGGUCCGGGCACAGGGGGAGCUCCAGGCGGGGGCUCUGGGGGCACCCCGGGGCUGGGGGCAGCAGUGGGCCUGGCAGGAUGGUGGGAGCCAGAACCCUCACCUGGAGCGGUCUCGAGCCUGCAGGACCAGAGAGAGAGAGAAAGAAAAUUAGCAUACUUGCUGCUGCUCCCUGGCUAGCCCCUCACCUUGAUCCCCACCCCGCCUUUUGAGAUUAAGAGAAAAAAAUAAAAAAUUAAAAAAAAAAAUUAAAAACCAGUGAAUGUAAAGUGCCGGACCAGGCCCAGCCUGGCAAGGGUGUGGGUCUGGGCCUGUACCCAGGCAGGCUCCCCCGGGGCCAUACCAAAGUCUGCCCCCGCCGCCACCAUGACCGGCUCGCCCAGGAGACCCCUCAUGGCCCUCCUGUCUUGUCACCCUGUUUGUACCUGGCUGUCCCUUUCCUUUCUUCUAAGGGAGUGGGGUCUUGGGCAGGGGGAGGAGCCCCCAGCCCCUUAGAGGGUCUUCUGGGGGAGUCUUUGCACUACUGAGAUCCAUCUUAUCCCAUGUGGUGGGACAGAGGCAGGGGCCCCUCCAGGACCAAGGCAGUUCAGGAAGCCAGGAUUGUAGGAGGUGAGAAACAGAGAGACUGAAAGGAAGAGCAGGAGAAAAAAAAUAAAAAUCCACACAAAAAGAGCAAAAAUCCUAUUUUUUGAGAAAGAAAGAUAUUUAUAUUUGCAGUUUUAUUUUAAAAAGUUAUUUAAGCUGAGGAAGCAGCCUUCCUGGAGCGGGAGUAGGGGGAUGUUGGCUGGUGCAGGACGGGUCAGGGCCUGGGGCACCCCAGGAGUGAUAACCUCAGAGUAAGACUAGCUCGCACUAAUUAUAUAGAUUUACAGGGGGGUGGGGGCAGGGCUGGAGAGGGAGGGGCCUGGGGAGACCCCAUUCCGCAGCUGGAGCUGCCUGAAGGCUGUGGCCACGGGUCCCCUCUGCCCCACCCGGGCCCACAGACAUGAGGUGCCUUGGACUUUGGGGGGCCAGGCCUGGUGGAGCAGGGCGGGGUGGCUCCCACGGAGGGCACAGAGCACAGAGCAGACAUUCCAGAGACUGUAUUUGAGAGUCUUUAUAAAGUGUGGGAGAUUAAAAAAAAAAAAUCAAUUGAUAAAAAUGCACUUUUUGGGGGUGGGGAGGGAGAAGCUUUAAAAGUAAUAAUAAUAAAAAAACAAAAAGACAAAAGAUGAUGAAAAACUAGACAAAAAAAUCAUUUUUCUUGUACAUAAAAAAAAAACCACUAAACGCAGCCUGUUAUGACCGCUGCUGUCUCAGUUGCCUGA